AAAAAGGCCUGUUGGAUUUCUAUAGCUAAUAAGGAUGCAAAAGUUGCCUCCCUUUCAGUAAUGACGGCGAUGCCGUACUGAGCGCAUCGUGUUUACUUAAAUUCGAAAUAUUUGACUUUGAAAAUAAGUGAUAAGAGAAUUUUCAUUCGACAAAUUUCUUCACACGUGUGUCGUGCAAAUCCCGGAAAAAAUGACGAAGACUUCUCUUAUAUUAGAAGAUGGAACAGUUUAUGAAGGCAAUUGUUUUGGUGCUGAAAACAGCGUCCCGGGUGAAGUUGUAUUUCAGACGGGUAUGGUGGGAUAUGCGGAGUCUCUGACCGACCCCUCGUAUAGGAAACAGAUUCUUGUGUUGACAUACCCUUUAAUAGGGAAUUAUGGUAUACCUGAAGAAGAAGUGGACGACUUUGGCCUCAUUAAGUGGUUCGAGUCGGAUCAUAUACAUGUUGCAGCAUUGGUCGUCGGUGACGUCACUGAAGAGUACAGUCACUGGAGUGCCGCCAAGUCAUUAUCAAAAUGGUUGAAGGAUCACAACAUCCCAGGCAUUUAUGGAGUAGAUACCAGAAGUUUGACGAAGAAAAUCCGGCACACAGGAACAAUGUUGGGUAAACUGGUAGUUAAAGGAACAGACCCAGAGUCAGUACCGUUUAUGGACCCCAAUGAGCUACACCUUGUGAAAGAAGUCUCUAUAAAGGAACCGAUUUCAUACAACAGCAAAGGAGAUAUCAAGAUUCUGGCCCUUGAUUGUGGCAUAAAGUAUAAUCAGAUUCGAUGUCUGUGUGAACGUGGGGCCAAUGUCACAGUCGUACCUUGGGAUAAUCCGCUGAAUCUGAAAGAUUAUGACGGUUUGUUUCUGAGUAACGGCCCCGGCAAUCCCGAAAUGUGUGAACUAGCUAUCGGGAACAUAAGAAAGGUUGUCAAUGCUGACAACAUGAAGCCUGUGUUUGGUAUAUGCCUUGGGCACCAGCUGUUAUCUCUAGCCGCAGGAGCGUCUACACAUAAAAUGAAAUAUGGAAAUAGAGGACAUAAUCAACCCUGCACAUAUUGUGGAUCAAUCCGUUGUUAUAUCACCACACAGAAUCAUGGUUUUGCAGUGGAUGCUUCCAAUUUACCAGAAGGGUGGUCAGCUUUGUUCACAAAUGCCAAUGAUAAGACAAAUGAAGGAAUAGUCCAUGACAGCAAGCCAGUGUUUAGCGUACAGUUUCAUCCAGAACAUAUGGCCGGGCCUCGUGACUUGGAACACUUGUUUGAUGUAUUUCUGGAUCAAGUUCGAGCCUUCAAACAAAUGAGAACAAGUCCUACGAUCAAAGAGAGAUUACACAGUGUACUCAGAAGCCCUGUCUCUAUGUCAGAAAUCGUUACAGAGCGGCCAAGAAAGGUUCUGCUGUUAGGCUCGGGUGGUCUGUCCAUUGGGCAGGCGGGAGAAUUUGAUUACAGUGGCUCCCAGGCAAUUAAAGCCUUGAGAGAGGAGGGUAUACAAACUGUUUUGAUUAACCCUAACAUUGCGACUGUACAGACGUCUAAAGGGAUGGCGGAAAAAACUUAUUUCCUACCAAUAACAUUGGAAUAUGUCUCUCAGGUUAUCAGAAAUGAAAGGCCUGAUGGUAUAUUGCUGACGUUUGGUGGGCAGACGGCACUUAACUGUGGCAUUCAGCUGACAAAUUCCGGGAUACUUGAUGAGUAUAACGUCAGAGUCAUGGGUACACAAGUCAAGUCAAUAGAGUGGACUGAAGAUAGGAAAGUUUUCGCAGAGAAAAUGGCGGAGAUUAACGAGCAUGUGGCACCCAGUGAGGCCGCCUACAGUGUUGAACAGGCUGUCCAAGCUGCAGGCAGAAUUGGUUACCCUGUGUUGGUACGUGCAGCAUUUGCCUUAGGUGGGCUCGGGUCUGGGUUCGCCGACAAUGAGGAAGAAUUGACAAUCCUGGCAACGGCAGCGUUUGCUCAUACGAGUCAGUUGCUGAUAGAUAAAUCACUUAAAGGAUGGAAAGAAGUGGAAUAUGAGGUGAUACGAGACGCCUAUGACAACUGUAUCACAGUAUGUAACAUGGAGAAUGUUGACCCGCUGGGUAUACACACAGGAGAAUCUAUCGUUGUUGCCCCUAGCCAGACCCUCACCAACGUAGAGUACAACAUCCUACGAUCUACGGCCAUCAAGGUGAUCAGGCAUCUGAGUAUUGUGGGAGAAUGUAACAUUCAGUAUGCCCUCAACCCAGAAUCUCAAGAGUAUUACAUUAUUGAAGUAAAUGCCCGCCUUUCUAGAAGUUCAGCCCUGGCUAGUAAAGCCACAGGGUACCCUCUGGCGUAUGUGGCGGCAAAACUGUCACUCAACAUGGCGCUAUCUGAGCUGAAGAACUCGGUCACUAAUUCUACGACAGCCUGCUUUGAGCCGAGUCUAGAUUAUUGUGUUGUGAAGAUUCCACGAUGGGAUUUGCGGAAAUUUUCUAGAGUUUCAUGUCGAAUUGGCAGUUCUAUGAAGAGUGUGGGAGAAGUGAUGGCUAUAGGUCGGAGAUUUGAGGAGGCUUUCCAGAAAGCUUUAAGAAUGAUGGACGAGUCACUGCUAGGGUUUGAUCCUCACAGUAUGAAGGUGUCCGAAUCAGAAUUAAAAGAGCCAACUGACAAAAGAAUCUUGGUGUUAGCGGCGGCCCUGCAGGCCGGUUACGAUAUCGACAAACUGUAUGAACUGACUAAGAUUGAUAAAUGGUUCCUGCACAAGUUCAAAAACAUCACUAACAUCUACAGGGGCCUGAAAGAGUACAAAGGAAAGCCGAGCCAGAUUCCGUAUGAGAUGUUGAAGAGUGCCAAACAGCUCGGUUUCUGUGAUGAACAGAUUGCUCACUCCAUUGAAAGUACAAACCUUGUAGUGAGGCAGAUAAGACGACAGAAUGGAAUCACACCAUUUGUCAAGCAGAUUGACACAGUAGCUGCCGAGUGGCCCGCCCAGACAAACUAUCUAUAUCUUACAUACAAUGCAUCCGACCAUGACCUUAACUUCACUGGAGGUCACAUUAUGGUUAUAGGAAGUGGAGUGUACAGAAUUGGAAGUAGCGUGGAAUUCGAUUGGUGCGCUGUGAAUUGCAUAAUGGAACUUAGGAAGAUGGGGUACAAGACAAUCAUGGUGAACUAUAACCCGGAGACAGUGAGCACAGAUUAUGACAUGUGUGAUAGAUUAUAUUUUGAUGAGAUCUCGUUUGAGACAGUGAUGGACAUAUACAUGCUAGAGAACCCAGAUGGUAUUAUUCUAUCAGUUGGUGGACAGUUACCAAAUAAUAUAGCCAUGCCCCUACAGAGGAACAAGGCGAGAAUCCUGGGUACAACACCAGAGAUGAUUGACAAUGCAGAAAACCGGUUUAAAUUUUCCAGAAUGUUAGAUAACAUGGGCAUCCAUCAACCUAGGUGGAAAGAGCUCUCCACAGUAGAGAGCGCCAAACAAUUUUGCGAUGAGGUCGGAUUCCCGUGUCUGGUACGACCCUCGUAUGUAUUGAGUGGGGCGGCUAUGAACGUAGCUCAUAAUCACACAGACCUGGAGAAUUAUCUGUCUCAAGCUAGUGCUGUCUCAAAAGAACAUCCUGUUGUCAUAUCGAAGUUCAUACUUGAAGCUAAGGAGAUUGAUGUUGAUGCUGUAGCAAGUGACGGAGAAGUUGUUUGUAUGGCCGUCUCUGAGCAUGUGGAGAAUGCCGGAGUUCAUUCAGGGGACGCAACUCUGGUCACACCUCCGCAAGAUCUUAAUGAAGAGACGCUGGCUAAAAUUCGAUUGAUUUGUUGCGCCAUCGGUCGAGCACUAGAGGUCACUGGACCAUUCAAUCUACAGCUUAUUGCUAAGGAUAAUCAGCUGAAGGUCAUUGAGUGCAAUGUUAGAGUGUCAAGGUCAUUUCCAUUUGUAUCCAAGGCACUGGACUAUGAUUUUAUCGCCACGGCAACCAGAGUAAUAAUGGGAGAAGUGGUGGAUCCAGUCAAUGUACUUCACGGUGUCGGGAGAGUUGCAUGCAAGGUGCCUGUAUUUUCAUUCUCCCGUCUCCAAGGAGCAGAUGUGUUGCUAGGUGUAGAGAUGGCCAGCACAGGUGAAGUGGCUUGUUUCGGGGAGAACAGACCAGAGGCUUAUCUGAAGGCACAGUUGGCCACGGGCUUCAAAAUCCCGAAACAAAAUAUCCUGGUAUCCAUCGGAAGCUACAAGCACAAGAGUGAGCUUAUUCCAACAAUGAGGACACUGGUGGACCUGGGAUAUACACUGUAUGCUAGUAUGGGAACAGCGGACUUCUAUAAUGAACAUGGUUUUAAGGUAAAGCCUGUUGACUGGCCCUAUGAUGAUUACAAUGGUGAUGAAAAGAUCAACGGGAACCAGCUUACAAUUGCUGACUAUCUUGCCGAGAACAAGUUUGACCUUGUGAUUAAUCUCCCCUUGCGUAGUGGCGGCCAGAGGGCGUCAUCCUUCGUUACCCAGGGUUACAAGACUAGGAGAAUGGCGGUGGAUUACUCAGUCCCACUAAUCACAGACGUGAAAUGUACAAAACUGAUAGUGGAGGCAUUGAAGCGUUUGAAGACAGCUCCACCACUUAAGACCCAUAUUGAUUGUAUAGCCUCCCAGAGAGUGAUUAAAUUGCCAGGUCUGAUUGAUGUACAUGUCCAUGUGAGAGAACCUGGGGCCACACAUAAGGAAGAUUGGAGCUCGUGUACAGCCGCAGCACUGGCUGGUGGCGUCACCAUGAUACUUGCCAUGCCAAACACAAAUCCCCCAACAGUGGAUGAGGCUGCAUUUGCUUUGACACAGAAACUGGCAAGAUCAGGAGCAAGGUGUGAUUUUGGUGUUUUUGUCGGGGCCAGCAGUGACAACUAUGCCAGCCUUCCAUCCAUAGGAAACAUGGCCGCAGCUCUGAAGAUGUACCUCAAUGAGACAUUUACAACUUUAAAAUUAGAUGAUAUCUCCAUCUGGAUGAAGCAUUUUGAGCACUGGCCAAAACAUUUGCCACUAUGUACCCAUGCUGAAGGAACCCACACUGCGGCGGUGAUAUUGUUGGCAGAACUGUAUAAGAGACCUGUCCAUAUUUGUCAUGUUGCCCGCAGAGAUGAGAUACUAGUUAUCAGGGCAGCAAAGGAGAGGGGACUACCUGUAACAUGUGAGGUUGCCCCACAUCAUCUCUUCUUGACCUCAGAUGACCUUGAUGGUAUAGGUCAAGGUUGUGGUCAGGUCAAACCACCAUUGGUUACCAAGGAGGACCAGGAGGCAUUGUGGGAAAACAUGGAUAUUAUUGAUUGUUUUGCUACAGAUCAUGCUCCACACACUAGGGAGGAAAAGAACAGUGCUAAGCCCCCACCAGGUUUCCCGGGUCUAGAGACCAUGUUACCUUUACUUCUCACUGCAGUCAGUGAGGGUAGACUAACAAUGGAGGACUUGAUUGAAAGAUUGAACACAAAUCCUAAGAAGAUAUUCAAUUUGCCUGACCAGCCUGAUACAUACAUAGAGGUAGAUCUAGACACCACCUGGAUUAUUCCGAAGGCAAUGAAGUUCAGUAAAUCUAAGUGGACCCCGUUUGAAGGGCGUAGUGUGAAAGGAAUGGUGCGAAGGGUGGUUCUUCGUGGAGAGGUGGCUUAUAUAGAUGGAGAGGUUUUGGCAAAGCCAGGGUUUGGUCAAGAUGUGAGAGCAAUGCCUCUGAAACCGUCGGCACCUGUCCAAGACCAGCUGUCCAUCACCAUACCUGUAGUGUCACGACCUCCAUCCGAACCUCAGAGUCCAGUACGAAGACUGAAGCCAGACAAGUACAACUUCCCAUCAGUUCCUAAACCUACACGAGUGGUGGAUAUGCACAGUUUAUAUGACGGACAUCAUGUUCAUCAUAUGGUUGAUGGACUAGCUCCGUAUCGUAUGGGUUCGGAAUGUUCCAUCUCUCCAUCGAAGGACUUCAGAGAUACAGUGCGUGGGGAUGUAGGAGAUGGUGCCCGAAGAGACCUGGGUUUGUCGCCACAACAUUUACCACAUACUCAGUCAAUGGCAAUGCCACAUAUUACUCCGGGACUGACUGGUCACCACGUGCUGUCUGUUACUGCCUUUAACAGAGAUCAGCUCCAUCAACUGUUCAACUUAGCUCAUCAUUUCCGUGCGUCUGUACAGAGAGACCGACCCCUAGACUAUAUCCUGAAGGGACGUGUGAUGGCCUCGAUGUUUUUUGAAGUUAGUACAAGAACAAGCUGUUCAUUCUCAGCCGCCAUGCACAGACUAGGUGGCGCCGUCAUCCAUUUUGAUGAGGGGUCCUCAUCUGUCAAGAAAGGGGAGUCACUUGAUGAUACAGUGCAGACAAUGUGUGGAUACAGUGACAUCCUGGUCAUGCGCCACCCACAACCAGAUGCUGUACAGAGUGCCGCCAAUAACUGUCUCAAACCUGUAAUAAAUGCGGGCGACGGGACUGGAGAGCACCCGACCCAGGCUUUGCUUGAUGUGUUCACCAUCAGAGAGGAGAUUGGAACUGUAAAUGGUUUGACGAUAACAAUGGUUGGCGAUCUGAAGAAUGGACGGACAGUUCACUCCCUGGCUAAACUUCUCACAAACUACCGCGUUAAUCUUCGUUAUGUCUCUCCGCCCAGCUUAAAGAUGCCCACAGAGGUUGUAAAUUUUGUUUCGAGCAAAGGUAUUCACCAAGAAGAGUUAGAGACCUUGGAAGAAGCUCUCCUUGAUACAGACGUACUGUACAUGACACGCAUACAGAAGGAAAGGUUUACAUCAGAGCAAGAGUACGAGAAGGCAUGUGGACAGUUUAUUGUUACACCAGAGGUUAUGACCAAGGCUAAGAAACGUAUGGUAGUGAUGCAUCCGUUACCCAGAAACUUUGAAAUCAGCCCAGUAUUUGAUACUGAUCCACGUGCUGCAUACUUCAGACAGGCAGAAAACGGCAUGUAUGUUAGAAUGGCUUUACUAGCGAUGGUUCUCGGCAAGUGUUAAGAUGUUGGGACCCAGCUUCGGCAUCCUGCAAUUUAAAGAAAAUAUUUGAUUUCAUAU